AUGCUGCAAGAAGUCACAAGUCUUCCUGCACUCGUCUCACUGACAAUCAAACCAGGAAAACUUGACAAUUUAAGUGAACGUCUAGCGAUGCUGCUCUCAUCGGUGAUAGCCAGGUCAAACCUACGUAAACUUAGUUUAUACGCCAUGUGUGAAUACAUUUCAAAAAUAUCAGGGAGCAAGCAGUGCAAAUUAAAAGAACUGUUUAUUGACAGUUGUAGUCAUAACCAUGUGUGCCAUAUUCUCGAUCGAUUACCCAAUCUUCAAACUUUUUCAACGCGUGAUUAUCGGCUGCCGAUGUCCGAAACCCCGAUUGUCCUAACAUCUAUUCACCUUUUGACUUCGUUGAAAUUGUAUUGUAUGCAAAUUCCAAUCGGCUUGCUAGAAUCGUUACUUUCGUAUAUGCCUGCACUUGUUCAUCUUCAUCUAUCAACUUAUUUUACUACGUUUUACUUUUUGCAACGUUUAUCACAAUGGGAAUCUUUCAUUCGUGAAAAACUACCGGUGUUAAACACAUUUAAGUUGUAUGCUAGUACUGAACAGUAUCAAUAUCUAGAUGUGAAAGAUAUCGAGUCGAUGCUCAAUAGAUUUCGUACACCUUUUUGGCUUGAACUCAAACGAUGGUAUAUCACUUGUGAGUAUGUCAAAGAUGGCAACACAUCGAAUAUCAGGCUAUAUUCACGAAAGGACUCUCAUCGCAAUUUUCCUGCAAAAUCUUCGCCAGCCAUGUUAACACACUCUGCUUCGACAACGAGAAAUGAUGAUAUAACGGAUAUGUCUAUUAAAUGGAAAGUUCGAUUGAAUUUAUUGCUAAUGACCGCCGUUGCCAUUUCACAACAGAUUUCUAUUCAGCCUAUGUUUCGUUGUAUGACUCAUUUAGUGCUCGACAUCGAUCAGCCCAUCGCCAUCAGUUCGUAUCAGUUUCUUUCCGAAUUUGCCGACUACUCGCAGCUUACGGAAAUCUGGCUGAUUCUCAUUUCGCCCCAUCAUUCGUUUCAAUCCGAUGCGAUGGAUAAUAUACUUAAUUCAGUGGGUAAUGUUCCUACCGUCGGUAUCUCCUAUCCCAAUGAUUGGACACUAAUACCCGAAGACAUCUUAGAUGCGAUAAUCUCUCAUCAAGUCAAACAUCUUAUCAUACGAACGACAUAUGAGAAAUGUAUGCAAUCAGUGGUGACAUAUGCUCGACAACUGACAACUAUCACAUUUAUUCGUGAUCAAUGUUCAUUAAAUGCAUGGACACAUAUGACGAGAUGGCUAGACAAGAACGGAAACAAAUAUUCUGUGAAAGAUGACAGUCGAUCUCUUUGUGUAUAUUUCGAAUAA